AUUGAAGUAUGAUCAUUUUAAUACUAAAGUUAGAAUACUUCCAAAUAAGAAAAUAAGUAUAAAAAAUAUGAAAUUAUAAUAUAAUAUAAAAAUAUUGAGAGUAAUAUGUUAAAUAAUCUAAAGAUAUUUUAGGAUUAUACUUGAUANAUCUCAGGUGAUUCUGACUUCUUUGGUAAUUGGUCUUUACAACUAGCCAAAAGAAUGUAAUGGAAUCAAGUAACAUAAAUCUCUUAAAUAGGGGCAUCUUUGGACUCUUGACAUCCCUGUUCAUGAUUUCUAAUACAAAUACUUAAUCUCCUAAUUUAAUUAACCAACAGAUAUUGAAUGGGAAUUUGGCCCCAAUCGUCUUAUGAGAACUAAGGAACCCACACGUAAUUUUAAUUUCAAUCUUUAUAGGUAUUACUGAUGUAUGGAAUCAUAGAAAAAUCAUUUUUCAGUGUUAUAAUCCUAAACAAUAUCCUGUGUUUAUUUCUGGAUCAACUCUAGAUCUUGGUAAGAACACUAAGCGAGUUAGUAUGAAAUAAAAAUAAGAUAUAUCUUAUAGAAAAAUACUUGCUAAUGUCAUUGAAGAUUAAGUAAUUCAUUAUCAAUUCCAUGUCAAAUCUCAAAAACAUUAUUCAAGCUCACUAUAAACUUUAUAUCUUGACUCCUCACUCUCUCAAAAUUACAAUCUAGACUUUUCAUUUAAAAACUACAUCAUAGCCUUUUGUACAGGACUUGAUAAAAUUAAAAGGUCAAUCUAUUAAUUAGAUAAUCACAUAUGUUACGGUUAUGUUCCAAAUGAUCAAACUGAUUUUAAUUUGCUUAAGGAUGCCAAUCUUCAUACAAUUGUUGAAUUCUCCUAUUCUGCUGAAUAACCUACCCAUACAGUCAAAUUUGGAGAUUUCAAUUAUCUUACUGUAAAUUUCUGUUCCAAUAUGUCUCAAAGCUAUCUAUCUAAUCUUAGUUCCUUUAUUCAUUUAUUAAUAAACAAAUACCAUGUAAAUCUCAAAUCAAUUAAUAGGUUAUUUAUGUAUGCAAUAAUUCACUAUCUCAUAUUAGAAAAUAUCUGUAGGUUUACAAAAGUCUAGAAGAUUCUAAAUGA